AUGGGAAAACGGCCCGACGCACGGACCACCCCAUACAGAACCGCCCCCCUGGGAAUCGCGUCCGCACCAUCGAACGUUUGCACACCAUCUCCGGACCCAACUGAGGCCGGUGGCUGCCUCUCCGCGCCCGGUGGUGGUCAGAUUCCCUGGAAUCGCACCCCGGCCGCGGUGGCAACCGCCCGCUGCGGGCGACGGUCGACCCCCCUCGGGGGCGAGGCCUCGCCCAAGGCGACCGAAGCCCGGGGGCCCUCUGGCCGCCGGCACCGAUGGGGUCUGUGGAUCAUUGGCCGCUGGCCAGCGUUUCCGUCCAGAUUCCCGGGGGGAGCCGCCGUGCGAUAUCCGCUGUUCGCCAGCGUGCUCGCGCGGUCCGGUCCCCCCACCCGAGGCCCGUAUGCCGCAGCCCGCCAGCGCCCGCGAGGGCGUCCUGCCGGGAUCACCUGCGUGCGGACCGGUGUCCUGGGGAGCUCAGUGGGGGCAAUUGGAUGGUCGCGCGCGUGUCCCCGGUACGCCGGGGGCGUCGCCGCGGCCGGAGCAAUCCAAAUCAUCCGAGAGGACCUACAGUACAUGCUGCCCCUCCGGGGGCUUUCGGGCGCGCCCCGGGCUCCGGCCCAGGCGCGUCCGGCUAGGAACUAG